AUGCCUCCUCCCAAGAUUGAGGCCAAGGAGAUUGAGACAUAUUGGAACAUCUUCUCCGACCGAACAGGCGGCGGCCAAUUUCUCACCGGCGAACAAGCAGCUCCGGUUCUCAAGAACAGCGGUCUCCGCGAUGAUCAGCUAGAACGUGUGUGGGACCUGGCCGACGUCGACAACGAUGGAAACCUGGACUUUGAGGAGUUCUGUGUCGCUAUGCGACUCAUCUUUGAUAUUUUGAAUGGUGAAUACGGCGAUGUCCCCAAGACACUACCAGAUUGGUUGGUCCCCGAGUCCAAGGCGCAUCUUGUCCAAGCGACUCGAGCCAUCAGCGGCAAGCAACCCCAGUUUGAGCAAGUCGAGGACGACUCGGACGAUUUAGGCCUCAAGGAUGGCUUUGAGUGGUACAUGAAACCGCAGGACAAGAGCAAAUACGAGCAUAUCUACCAAGAGAACAGAGAUAUGCGCGGUGAAGUAUCAUUCAACGCACUUGAAGACCUCUACGAAUCUCUCGACGUUCCCGACACGGACGUCAGAUCGGCGUGGAACCUCGUCAACCCGUCCGCGGGCUCAACCAUCAACAAGGAUGCGUGCCUCGCAUUCCUCCACAUCCUCAACUACCGCCAUGAGGGCUUCCGCAUCCCCCGGAGCGUCCCCGCAUCACUUCGAUCCAGCUUCGAACGCAACCAAAUAGACUACCAGCUCGAUAACCAACGGACAGGCGCCAACUCACGAUGGGCCAACAAAGCCGACGAAUCAACCUCCACCGGUCGAAAGACCAAAUUCGGCGAACAGUAUCUCACCCGCCUUGGACGAAGCGGUUUCAAGACCGCCGGUACCGAUUUCUCCACCGAAAAGACCGAGGACUGGGAAGAGGUCCGGCUGAAGCGCCAGCUAGCCGAUCUGGAAGCCAAGAUACAAAAGGUCGAGGACAUGGCUGAGCAACGCAAAGGCGGCAAGAGAGAUUCUAAGCCCGCGCUUGUGAGACGAGAGCUCGACCAAUUGCUGGACUAUAAGCGCAGAGAACUGAGGGAGUUGGAAGAAGGCACCGGCAAGAGUGCCGUCGGGUCAAGCCUAAAGAGCGUGUCGGAUGAUUUGUCAACAGUAAAGGAGCAGGUGGAGGGCUUGGAGGCGCAUCUGAGCUCAAGACAAAAGAUUUUGGAUGAUUUGCGCAGACAGAUUGACGCGGAGAAGGUGUAG